GAGGGCGGGGCCUGAGGCAGAGCGCGCGCGGGAUCUACAGGGGCGGCUGUCGGCCGCCGUGGCCGGUGGGUGCUCGUGGUGCGGGCUGGGUGCGCGGAUGUAUCGCGGCGCGCUGUGCUCCGCCCGCUGCAGCGCUUGGUGACCGUUACGUCUCCUCACCUCAGGAGUGAGGAGCAGGGUUCGGGGCUUCCCUGCGGCCAGGGAUGGAGAAGCGAGUCCUGGCUGGGCGGGCUUGGCCUGCUGGGAGCGGUGCCGUGUCAGUGAUGGAGGCCCCGAUGCAUGGCACCGUGCACCUGAGCGACUGGCAGAAAAGUUACUUUGCUAUUGCCUCUGGCACCUGCACACCCGGACAGAAGGCUGAUGAGUACCGUGCCAAAAUUCUGCGUAUUCAGUAUGCAUGGGCAAGCUCUGAGAUCUCUCAGGUCUGUGCUGCCAACCUCUUUAAAAAAUACGCAGAGAAAUACUCUGCAAUUAUUGACUCUGACAACAUAGAGACUGGCUUGAAUAACUAUGCCGAAAACAUUUUGACUUUGGCAAAGUGUCAGCAAAAUGACAGUGACAAGUGGCAAUCUGCCUUGACAACAGAGAAUGUAUUUGGUUUGAAGUGUGUGCAAGAGAGGAUACAGGCUGGCAAAAAUGUCCAGAGCUCUCUGAUGGCACCAGCAGAUGCCCUUGUACUAGCUGAUAAAGGGGUCAGUGCCUCUGCUGCUCCAGGCCUUCCCAGGCCCAGUGCUUUCAGCAGCACCGGUGAGAGUGAACGCUGUGCUAGCUCAUCAAAAUGUACAGGUCGGGGCCCACAUUUCUUUGAGCAUCCCUUGUCUUCAAAGUCUCUCCAAAGCAGUGUGCCUCCUGUGACCAAAACUUCAGAUAUACUUCCUGUGUCUUCUGCCUCCUUAAGCGAACAGAUUCAUACAGGGUUCCAGGCAGCACCGCUGUUUGGAAAUAAAGAAAUGACAAAUGGUGCUUCUCUGAAAAUUACAGGUAACUGUAGUGAUGGACAAAAUUUGUCUCUUCCCAAUCAGUCAGCUGUACAAGCAUGGUCUGGGAAAAGAAAAGCAUUUUAUGGCUUGACUGAUAAAGGCAGCACUUCCACUUCUAGCCUUGCUCCAUGCCAGGCUUCCAGUACUAUGGAAGCCAACAGUUCUUCCGGGAAUAGAAACGGAAGUGAAGAGAGUAGUGCUCCUGGUUUUAGAACUGCAAAAGAACAGCUGUGGGUGGAUCAGCAAAAGAAACCUCAAAGCCUACAACAGCGUGCGCCAGUCUCAACAUAUGGAGGUGUAAAAAAGUCAUUGGGUGCUGGUAGAUCUCGGGGUCCAUUUAGCAAGUUUGUUCCUCCAGUCCCAAAACAGGAUGGAAAUGAAAACGGAGGAGUGCAGUGUAAGCCUCAUGCCAGAGGGCCAACAGAUCCUUUACUUCCUGUAGAUGAACGACUGAAAAGUAUAGAACCAAAAAUGGUGGAACUCAUUAUGCAUGAAAUCAUGGACCACGGGCCUCCUGUGAACUGGGAUGACAUUGCUGGAGUUGAAUUUGCUAAAGCUACAAUAAAAGAAAUUGUAGUCUGGCCUAUGCUGAGGCCAGACAUCUUUACUGGGUUACGUGGUCCUCCUAAAGGAAUUCUUCUCUUUGGUCCCCCUGGAACUGGGAAGACUCUCAUAGGCAAGUGCAUUGCUUGCCAGUCUGGAGCUACUUUUUUUAGCAUCAGUGCCUCUUCUCUGACUUCCAAAUGGGUAGGCGAGGGGGAAAAGAUGGUCCGUGCACUGUUUGCUGUGGCACGAUGUCAACAGCCAGCAGUGAUUUUCAUUGAUGAAAUUGAUUCUCUGUUGUCUCAGCGUGGGGAUGGGGAGCACGAGUCUUCAAGAAGAAUAAAAACUGAGUUUCUGGUUCAGUUAGAUGGAGCAACAACCUCCUCUGAAGAUCGUAUUCUGGUGGUUGGUGCAACGAAUCGGCCCCAGGAAAUCGAUGAGGCUGCCAGAAGGAGACUUGUGAAGAGACUCUACAUUCCUCUUCCAGAAGCUUCAGCUAGGAAGCAGAUUGUUACUCGUCUGAUGUCAAAGGAGCACAACUGUCUCAGUGAAGAGGAAAUUGAACUUAUAGUUAAGCAAUCAGAUGGGUUUUCUGGGGCAGACAUGACACAGCUAUGUCGUGAAGCUUCUCUGGGCCCUAUUCGCAGUCUUCAGUCCAUGGAUAUCACAACCAUCCUGCCAGAGCAAGUACGACCCAUUGCUUUUGUUGACUUUGAGAGUGCCUUUGGAACCGUGCGGCCUAGCGUGUCCUCGAAGGACCUGGAGCUGUAUGAAACCUGGAACCAGACAUUUGGCUGUGGCAGAUAGUUGCACUGUAGCUUUUGCAGAAACAGUUCUUUAGCACUGUCAUGUAUUAAACCUGUGAUCAUUUAGUG